AUGUUGAAGAAAUGUGCAAAGAUAGAAUGGAACGAGGAGCCAAUCAAGGCAUUCCAAGAGAUCAAGAAAGCUAUUAAAAUUGCACCUGUUUUGAAGACACCUGAUUAUGGAAAACCUAUGCAGAUUUUUUCAUUUGCAUCUUUUCAUACUGUUGUUGUUGUAUUAUUGCAAAAGAAUUCAGAAAGUUUUGAACAACCUAUAGCAUUUUUUAGUAAAUAUUUGCAAGCUACAGAUCUGAAAUAUGAUUUAAAUGAGAAGCAAUCCUAUGCACUAGUGAAGGCAAUUAAAGCUUUUAGGAGUUACUUGAUGGGAGCAACAGUGGUUACAUAUGUGCCUAGUUAUGCAAUCAAAGAUAUUUUCACACGACUGGAAGUAUCAGGAAGAAGAUGUCGAUGGAUCAACAGGAUUCAGGAAUUUAACAUUGAUAUCCAAAUCACUAAGUUGGUGAGAGGACAAGGAUUGGUAAAGUUAAUGGUCCAGAGUAAUUUGGAUGCAAAUCAAAUAAAUAUUGUGAAAGAAGAGCACAAAUCUUGUAUCUAUGAAAUGGAUGGCUGUAAAUGGUACGAUGAUAUCAUAUAUUAUUUACAAAGGAUGAAAUCUCCUGAAGAUGUGAGUGAUAAUAAAAGGAGGACAUUAAAAUUACAUGCUAUCAAAUAUGCCAUUGUUAAUGGGAAACUUUGGUGGAGGAACAAUGAUGGUGUCAUGUUAAAGUGUGUUGACCAGGAUCAAGCUCAGAAGUUAUUGUUUGAAUUGCAUAGUGGAGUUUGUGGAGAGCAUUAUAUGGCCAAGAAAACUACACACAAAGUAUUAAGAGUUGGGUUUUGGUGGCCAACAAUUUUCAAGGAUGCACAUCAACUAGUCAAGAAAUGUGAUCCAUGCCAAACAUUUUCAAGAAAAUUGAAAUUUUCAAGAAAUCUGCCAUUAAGACCUAUAAAUGUGCAGGAUCCAUUUCGACGAUGGGGUAUAGAUUUCAUUGGAGAGAUAGCAUGCAAAUCUAGUGGUGCUCAUUUUUGGAUUUUAGUGGCCACCAAUUAUUUCACUAAGUGGGUUGAAGCCAUACCCACUAGGAAAGAAACAAGCGGGAACUCUAGUUCCAAUGGAGGAAGUGGCCAGAUCGAUGGAGCUGGCCAGAUGGGGGAGAAGGACAAGCCUCUGGAUAUUCUGCAGGCUGACGGUACUCUGCCAGAGAAUAAUGUGGGUCCUGGAAAUGCGGUUGGGAGGUCCAGCCCACGUGAAGCAGUUUGUGAGAUUGGACAAGAAACUAGAAAGUGGUAA